UGUUGACCUCUGCUGUCACAAAGGAAAACUAAAGCGGAAGUAACACAGUGGUACUAGAUUCUUAUGUGAAAUGUAGCAGAAAUAUACGUUCAAAAUGAGGUUGGAAUCCAAAGUUUGCUGUUUGCGGGUUUUAUCUGCUGUUUGUAUAUCACUGAUUUGGCUGAUAGGAGCAGCCAUUCUAGGGUUCUCACUGUGGUUUCUGUUGGAUGUUUGGAUUAAAGAGUAUGUGCAGGCCGCGCCGGAACUAUUGGAAUAUCGUAUCUAUGUGUACCUGUUCAUCGCCGGGGGCAGCUUCAUCCUCGUGUUCGGGGUCAUUGGCAUGAUUGGUGCUGUCAAACCAAAUGUUGUGUGUCUUGUUGUGUUUCUAGUCUUUUCCGUGCUGUUAUUUUUGCUGCUAGUAGUCAGUGUUGUGUUGGGCUUCUUUUACAGAGUGGAGGUAGAAAAUACAAUACAGAAAUCCCAGUUAAUGACGACCAUAGUGCGGACCCAGUACGGGAAGGUUGACGCCAUUACUAGUGCUCUGGACUACAUGCAGGUGGAGCUUCACUGCUGUGGGGGUGUGAGCUUCGAGGACUACAAGGGAUCGGACUGGGUAACGGUCAUAGAUAACACAGAUGCUGGCGUGGAAGCCAACAGUAAGAACACGGCCCCGCUCAGCUGCUGUAGCAGCUACUGGUACAUCAGGGCCUCCUUAACACCUGACAGCAAGUACUGUAAAAUGUACAAAGACAGUGUCCUCUCCAGUCAGCGGAACGAACCCACAGAAGAGAUUUACAAAACGGGUUGUGGUGAAGCUAUAGUGGACCUCCUGCGGGACCAGUUCUUCAUUGUGUGUGCAGUGGGCAUAUCUAUAAUAGCAGUGGUGUUAUUGACCAUUGUCUUCCUGUCUCUACUCAUCCAUUACCUGCGAAGGGAACCCCCAAUGUCUAUGACGGAUGAUGUCGUGUACGAGAUGGCACGUUGCCAAGAGAAAUCUCCGUACCCCACAAGGGGUCAAGGUGGACCAUACGCCAAUCUCUAUAACAACUAACUCAGGACAGAAUCACCCACACAGAAACAAUACUUUCACAACAUUGCAGGCCAUCGGUUGUUAUCUUUCUUCAAUUUAUCAUUUUGUAUUUGGGGGUUGUCUCUCUUCUAGAAAAUCGGCCUUACAGAAGCAGGAUGCGUUCAUAACAGAUUCAUUUUACGAUAUUCAAGAUUGAAGUCACAUACGUUUUCACAUGUUCUCAAGACUUUAAUCAGAUGAAAGAAAUUAAACUGUCAACUGAUCAUAAGAUAGUGUGACAUUACGCAUUCAAAACUCACAAUUCAUGGUACAUUUGUAAAUUAUGUAAAAUGAAAAAGAAAAAAAAAUCUGUUUGCAUUGUCAUUGCACUGGAAGAUUUAGGGAAGCCAUUCCACGGUAAACACAUCAUGAGGAUCCCCUGGGGACUUAAAGAAACUACUUUGUUGAAGGUGCAGUUCAUCAUUUGUGUUGAAGUUCACAUGACAGUGUCCUGUCAGGGGAGAUAACUAUGACUUUUCAUACGCAUGAAUUUGCAAUGUUACAGAGUGUUUCUAAUCAAAGUGUUUUUGCUGUAGCUGUAUAAUACACCUCCAUGGAAAGUAGAAGGUGCUGAACACUUGCAUUUGAUAAAUGUAUCUUUAAAGCCAUCUAGUGAUCGUACAUUAGAUAUUUUUUAGAGCGUUUUAUUCAAUAUGUGAAUUCAUGCUUCACAUACUGAACACAUUGUGUUGUGUAGAUUUUCGAUUUUUUUUUUGUCAUAUGAAUGACUGAGCACUUCAUUAAUUACAUACUCUCAUUUCCUGAGUACGGAGUACAUGGUUUUGAAAAAAAAUAAUGUUGAAUUGUAAGUGUAAAAAAAUUAUCCACUGUAGGUUAUUACAGACAAUGGUAUCCGUUAGUUACAGACAUGUUAUCUCUUGGGUCCUCAUGUAGCUGGAGAACUUUUCACUGUUCUGUUCACUAUUUGUAAAACAUGUUUGUUCCUUUCCAUAAUGCUUUCGAAUUCCUAACAGUAUCUUUCAGUACUUAAAACUUGCAUUAUGUAUUGAAGAAUCUGGAUUCAUUUCUUCUUCAUUGAUGAAAUGUAUAAUUAUAAAUCUUAAAACGGAACAAGAGUUUGCAGUGCUGUAUAUAACAAAAAUGUUAAUACAUGCGUAACAUCAAGUUUCUUUUUUAGAAAUUAAAAGAUAUUGAAAUGUGUUACGAAAUUUUAUGAUAAGGAGCUUUAAGAGGUCAUGUGUGUGCGACUGUACGUAACCUAUUCACCUCGUACCGAAUUGUCAUAUUGACAACAAAUUCAUUGCGAUAGCUUGACAUGGCAGCGACUGUGGCCUGUUGAAAUAAUUCAUUACAUGCACAGUUUUGAAACGGUUCCUUUUUGGUCGUAGAUUUGUCAGUUUUAGCGCUUCUGUGUUAGUCGAGUCCGAGGAACAUUUCCCGAUUAUAUUCGUGUUUAUAUUUUUCUUAAUGUUGAAAAAAAUAAAGACUGUUAACAAAAACUAAAGUGAUUUUUAUGAAGUACAAACUAAAUAUUCGUUACAAGAUCUGAGAAUUCUAUUUAUUUCACAAUGACAUUGAUUGUCAUAACGUCAAGUAGACGUUUUUCUUGUUGACCUACAUAUGCAGUGUUGUACACUGACCAUAAUAAUGUUGUUUUAAUAAAAAAAAAAUAAUAUGUCAUAACUAAGACAUGACAUCAAAAAUUUUAAUGGAUGAUGUGUCUAGAUAAAUUUGUAAAGGUUGAUGUCAGGUUUUUAUUCAAUAUUGUUGCUGUUUUUAUCAUGACAUCUCACCCUAAUCGCUUCACCAAGAUCAUGUUUACGACACCAUUUUUUCAUGAAGUAUGCAUGUACAACAUAUUAUCCGAAAUUAUCCCUAAGUUGAUGUCAUUCCUAUAUUUAUCUCAGAAUUUGCCAGCAUUUUCGUUAUAUUGUUUUGUAUAAAAAGAAUUAUCAGCUUUGAUUUGAAAAGGCGAAUUCAAGACAACUUUUCAUAGUACUGAAUUGGCUAUAUAUAUAUAAUAUCCAGUAUAUCGAUUGUUGUUGACCAGCUUUUUGUAUUGGUAGGAAUCCUGUUCAAAGUGUGUUGUAGGCCACGGCUGUGUUUGUGACGAUCUGUAGAUUCCUGUGCGUCUUGAUCGCUUGUCUAGUCUCGUUGCAGCUCUGUGGGCAACGAUGAAAUGGGUAGAACAGAAUUUUCUAUGUUCAAAUGUAUUACCAAUUUUUGAGAGGUUGAAGAAGAAGAAAAAAUGGAUAUUUAACUCGUUCACCCCUGAAGACACAUUUGAACUCUUCCAAUUCAAUGGUUGGAAUGGUUCAUUAUGAAAUUUCAGGGAUGAAUGAGUUAAAUUCUGUAUACCGGAAAACUUUUGCCUUGUCAAAAAUUUGCCCUUCAAUGUUAAAAUCUGUAUUAGCCAAAUAUUAAUAUCACCCUGUGUAUAUAACGGUACUUACUAUAUCAUUUUGUACUAAUGUUUUCUAGCAUGACAAAUUUGCCCUCAUUAUAGAAGGACUAUAAAGGCGAAAGUUAAAUCACGGCCAAUAUUUCCUGGUAUACAGCCGUUAUUGGUGGUUUCUAUACCUUGCUGAAAUAUCUAUAGAAAUCAAAGUAAGAAAAUAUCUAAAGCAUGUAUGUACUCAGAUAUGUCAUCAAAUGCCAUUUCAUAUGGAAUAUUUCCAGAUUACAGAGUUUAUGUUGAUAAGUACAAGUACUUAUGUGUACAUCUGCUAUUUCUUGCAUCUACCUUGUGCUCUAUUUGCUCAAUCAAAAAUAUCCUGGAUACUCCUGGGGUUACACUCACUUACGUUCUCUGCACCCCUGGAAUACGUCAUAGCAAAAUUAAAGGCAUGAGGCUAGUUAUUUGAUAGGUCUCUGGAAAAAAACCUGACCAAUCGCUAGGCUGAUAUCUGUCCUUUGACAUUUACAGAGGAGUGACACUCAACUUCAAAGCUAGUCAAUGUUACCAUUAUGCUACCGUGAGAUUCUUUUGAUGUACAUCAAAGAUCAAACUAGUCUCCUUGUCUCAUCCUCAAGGUGGCACAUACAGAGCCUUCGAUUUUAUCAUGACAUAUUCCAGAGAUGCAGACAGCAUAAGUGAGCAUAAGCUGGAGUAUUAACUCAUUCACCCCUGACAUUUCAUAAUGGACUAUUCCAACCUUUGAAUUGGAAGAGUUCAAAUGUGUCUCCAGGGGUAAAUGAGUUAAGGAUGAACUAAAAAUAGAUCAAGGUCAAACAUCGGUAGGUAGAACUUGGUGUGAAAGUCGUACAUGUCCAUGUUUUUUCGGUGGAUGCUGUUCAACAGACUAUCUAUACUAUCCAAUCAUUCCCCAGUCAUUUGUGUAUUAUAAUAACAUUACCUUUAUAUAUGACAACUUGGCCUUGCUCUUCCCUUUGCCACAAGAUGUAUACACACAACACCUUACUGAUCCCUGAUGGGAUCAAUCAACUGCCUGAAUUUUAAAAUAUUAUAAAAAUGUACAUUUCCAUAUGUUUUUAAACAGAAUGAAUUCUGUUGUGACCAGCUGUGUGACUUUUGAUGUUUCAAUGUUAAAAAAAAAAAUAGGCUAAGAUUUUUAGCACAUUAUCCUGAAAAUAAUGUCAGAAUACUUUUCAGCAAAGUUUUUAAGACAUGCUUAAUAUAGUUAGUAUAAAUAAGGUAGUUGGUGGCUGUAUUCUUGUGUUGUUCUUCUUCAUGCGCUGUAUCUGUCCAGAACUAGGUAAUACUGUAAAAGCUGAAAUUUUUGAGAUGCAGAAUUAUUUACAAUUUUCACGUUGAGUGAAUUAGCACGAAAAUAUCCACAUCCGAAUAUUUAUUUAUUAUAAAAUUCUAUUAUAAUUUUAUGUAACGGAACUGGACUGGGUUGUUCGCCUGCAAAACAAUAUAAAAAAUGUACAAUAAAAAGGUUUCAGAACCAUUACCAACUCUAAAUUUCUGGACCGCAAUCUCUUUAAAUCAUUCACCCCUGAAGACACAUUUGAACUCUUCCAAUUCAAUGGUUGGAACAGUUCAUUAUGAAAUUUCAGGGGUGAAUGAGUUAAAGAGUCACAACAUGAAUAUUUCCGCACAUGAGAAUUUCCACUUUUACAGUAACUUGACAUGGCAGACCGUAAAAGUUUUCAUUUGCCCAGUUAAUGUCACAGAUGAUUCUAAUAGGAAUAUGCUGUAUGGAUGUUUAUAUGACGGAACAGUUUUAGUCCUUCUUGUAGGAAUGAUCAUGCUUAGGCCACAUUUUUUUUUAUUCUAGUACCUUAGAACUUAUCUUCAUCAUUGUUGUUCCCAAAAGGCUGUUACAGACAACUAGCAAGGUUAAGUGGGAGGAUGCAUGUUGACACAAAUUUGAACAGGGCCACAGGUGCAAAUAUCAUCGACCUCCAAUCCCUACCCCAUACCGACUAUUACACUACCGUAUUUAUCCUGCAAUAAGCCCAGGGGGCCACCACAUAAUCUCCGACUGAAAGUAGGGGUGGGCUUAUUACAGGACAAUGAAAUAGCUUUUGUUGGCAUUUCUUCCUAACUGUAAUAUAUAUUGGUGGGCUUAUUACCAAGCAUGGGCUUAUUGCCGGAUAAAUACGGUACAAAGACUGUGGGAAAUUGAAGUAUAUCCUUUGGUGCU